AUGAGCGGCAAGUGGACAUCGACCCUGCGGUUGCCCAAAAAAAGCUUCCCACCGCUCCCGCUCCCCGAACACCGGCAAAAGUACAUCCAACGCUGCGCCGACGAACUGUACAAGUGGCAGGCCACCAACCGCCCGGAAUCCAACCCAUUCAUCCUCCACGAUGGCCCGCCCUACGCAAACGGCGACCUCCACGUGGGCCAUGCCCUCAACAAGAUCCUCAAGGACAUGAUACUCCGCGUCAAGGUCCAGCAGGGCCACAGAGUGAAAUAUGUUCCCGGCUGGGACUGCCACGGCCUGCCGAUCGAGCUCAAGGCGCUGGGCGGAAGGGCAGAAGGGCAGGAGCAGAUGACGCCGGCCGAGGUGCGCGCGCUGGCGCGGGAGCUGGCGGCGACGACGGUCGAGAGCCAGAUGCGGGGGUUUCAGGAGUUUGGCGUGAUGGCGGACUGGGACCAGCGCUGGGAGACAAUGCAGCCCAGCUACGUGGCCGACCAGCUGAGGCUGUUUCAGCGCAUGGUCAGCCGCGGGCUGAUUUAUAGGAGACACAAGCCGGUGUACUGGUCGUCAUCGUCGCGGACCGCUCUCGCCGAGGCCGAGCUGGAGUACGAAGAGAACCACGUCUCACUGGCCGCCUACGUCAAGAUGCCCCUCACCGGCGACCUGGAGGCUUUGGGACUUGACCCCAGCACGAGCCUGGUGAUCUGGACGACGACGCCGUGGACUCUACCUGCCAACCAGGCCAUUGCGGUGCACAAGGACUUGGUCUACUUGGCCGUCAAGCUCCGUGGUGAAACAAUGAUAAUUGGCGCGGAUGCUCUGGGACGCAUGAGCGAAAUCAUGGCGCCAGACGUUCCAGUAGUCUUGACAUCUUUAGUGGGCGAACAACUUCUCGCAGUGAGCUAUCUCAACCAGCUUCAAGGGUCCAAGGCCCAGCCGCAGCCUAUCAUCCACGCCGAUUUUGUCUCGGCAGAUUCCGGUUCCGGUCUGGUGCACCUGGCCCCCGGGCACGGUUUCGAAGAUUACGAAGUAUGCAAGUCGCUUGGCCUCCCCGCAGUGUCGGCCGUCGACGGGGCUGGCAUCUUUGCAAAAGACGUGUGCCCUGCCAACACAGAAAUUCCGCGCGAAGGAGCCGGGGCGGACGUUUUGAAGGGGGGUAGCAAAGCCAUCAUCAAGAUCCUAGGCAGGGAUGUUUUGCAUUCUCACAAGCACAAGCACAAAUAUCCGUACGAUUGGCGCACCAAGAAACCGAUAGUGGUGCGUGCAACCGCCCAAUGGUUUGCUGAUGUCGCUUCAAUCAAGGAGUCGGCUCUUGAUGCGCUGAAAGAUGUCAAGUUUAUCCCCGCGGCCGGGCAGACACGGUUGGAGAGUUUCAUCAAGGGGCGCAGCGAGUGGUGUAUCUCCAGACAGCGGGCAUGGGGCGUUCCCAUCCCGGCAUUCUAUGACAACGACAUAGCAGAUGGUGGCGAGGCGAUUAUGACGGAAGAAACGAUUGAUCAUGUAAUCAAGACGGUGGAGCAGCGCGGCGUGGAUGCUUGGUGGUCUGAUGCGGCAGACGAGCCGGCCUGGAUACCCGAGUCCCUUCGGGGUCGCAAUCUACGCCGAGGCACAGAUACCAUGGACGUGUGGUUUGACAGCGGCAGCAGUUGGACACAAACAGAGGGUCGGGCAGAUGUGUAUCUUGAAGGAACGGACCAGCACCGCGGUUGGUUCCAGUCGAGCUUGUUGACCAAGGUUGCAACCCGUGCAGACGAAAACUCGGCACAAAAAGCUCCUUUCAAGAACCUUAUCACGCACGGUUUCACCCUUGACGCCCACGGCAAGAAGAUGUCCAAGUCCCUGGGCAACGUCAUCUCUCCGAUGGACGUGAUUGAAGGCAAACUACUAGCGCCGCGCAAGCCCGGAAGGAACAAGCAGCGAAAAAAGACACAGGAAAAAAACCAGAGCGACCCGGCGGCAACCCAUGAGGUUCUUGGGCCGGAUGCCCUGAGGCUAUUAGUGGCGAGCUCAGACUACACCAAAGACAUUGUCAUCAGCGAGCGGGCCCUCUCGUCCAUCCACACCUCGCUUCGCAAGUUCCGGUCCACCUUCAAAAUCCUGCUGGGCUCCAUGCAGCAGCCACCGAGGCAGGAACCCUUUGACGCCGUCGACCAGAUCGCGAUGCUGCACCUCAAGGACGCGCUAUCACAGGUGGGGAAGCACUACGACUCAUUCGAGUUUUACAAGGGCUUUGCGGUGCUCAACCACUGGGUCUCGCAGCAGCUGUCGGCCAUUUACCUGGAAGCGGUCAAGGACAAGCUCUACUGUGGUGGAGAUGCAGCGAACGCAACCGCGGCGCUGGUGCCAAUCUUUGACGGGUUCUGCAGGAUGCUGGCACCGAUGGCACCGCUGGUUGUUGAGGAGGCGUGGGACCAUGCGCCGCAGUGGUUGAAAGAGACUAUGCCACACCCCCUGCAGCGGUUAUACAACGACCCGCUCAUCGCCGACCCCGGACUCCUGACCAUCCCUGAAGCCAAGCUCCGGGCCGCGAUGCCGGUCCUGGACGCCGCGCGGGUAGCCAUCAACGCCGCGGCGGAGCUCGGACGGGCGGACAAGAAGAUCGGGCAGUCGCUGCAGAGCGCGGUGACCCUGUACAGCCGGUUCGCGAGCGCCAACGAGGCGCUCCAGCUGCUGAGCGAGGAGCAGCUCGCAGCAUUUUACGUGGUCUCGUGCGUCAAGAUCAACACGGAGACGCCCGCCGGGGCGAACGGCUGGCUGUACAGCGCCAAGGCCAAGGUCGAGGCGGGCGAGGCCAAGGACGCGGUGAUCAAGGCCGUGGUCAGGCACCCGAGCGACCACAAGUGCCCCAGGUGCUGGAGGUACGUGGCCGAGGUGGAGGAGACGCUCUGUGGGCGGUGCGAGGACGUCAUCGCGGAGGAGGGGGCGAUGUAG